UCUCAAAGCAAAAAUGUCUGAAGGAGUCCAAUUCAACAACAUUUCGCUCUUGAGCAAGGGCAAGCUGUUCAAGGGCAUGGUCAAGAUGCAAGAGGCCGGCGUUGCGUUCAAGAACCAAGCGACUGGCGCAGUCACACUCGCUGCAAGCUCCGACUUGCGCGGCUUUGCGUGGCACCGCGCGGCAACGGGCUACGAGCUGGCCAUCCAGCUGCCCUCCAGCAAGCUCCGAUUGCUCGGGUUUAAGGAGGCGCACUUGACAGACAUUGAGCAGUACGUUUCGUCGACGUUCCACCAGACUGUGCAGACCUCGGAUAUCGCCACGAAAGGCUGGACGUGGGGCGAGCCGCGAUUCACUGGCAACGGACUGGCCUUCUACGUCGAUGGCAAGGUCGCGUUCGAAUUGCCGCUGUCUGACGUGUCGCAGACGCACAUGAAGAAGAACGACAUUACCCUCGAGUUCAAGCAGGACGAUCCCAACGAUGACGACCAACAGUUGGUCAACAUGCGCUUUGUGGUCCAUCCGAGCGCCGUGCUCGAGUCGGAAGAUCCCGUCGAGAAGGCGCGCCGCGAGGAGGAGCGCAAGAAGCGUGAGCGCAUCGAGCGAGACAAGCGAAACGCUGCUCGCGCCCGGCGAAACGACCUGCGUCGACGACGACGCGAAGCCGAGCAAAGCACCAUCAUGCAGGUCGACGGCGAGGAGCCUGCACCGACCCAAGUCAGUUCCGACGAGGAGGACUCUGCGUCGGAACCCGAGGAGGCAGAGGAAGGCGUUGAGGGCGACGAGCACGAGCUGCCAGUCACGCGCCUCUUCCAGCGCAUUCUCGGCAAGGUCGAUGUCGCGCACACUGCGGGCGACGUUAUUGUGUCCCUGCUCGAUGUCAACUGCCAGACGCCUCGCGGCCGCUACCAGAUGGACUUUUACCCCACCAUGCUCACGUUGCACGGCCAGACCCACGACUUCAAGAUUCCGUUCGCGUCCAUUUCAAAGACGUUCGUGCUGCCCCAUCCCGACCAGUUCCGAGUCUUUGUUGUCUUGGCGCUUGAUCCGCCCGUGCGACAGGGCCAAACCCCGUAUCCCUUCAUUGUCUUCCUGCUCCAGACGGAAGGCCGGGAAAUUUCGGUCGAGCUCAACAUGACCGAGGCCGAGAUUGCCGAGAAGAACCUCCAGGUCUCCAAGCUGAUCAACAAGAACGUGCGCGAAGGCGAUGCGCCCAAGCCCAACCACUUUGCCAUCACCAAGGAAAUGUCUGGCGGCGAGGUGAUGAUUCUGGCGCGUCUGCUGUCCGCCAUGUCCGUCCGACUGCCAAUUCAGCCCGCCGCGGCCUCCUCCAAGGACAAGGCAUACUCUGAGCAGCACGGCUACAAGGCCUCGUACAGGGCGUCGGAUGGCUACCUCUUCCCGCUCGAGAACGCCUUCAUCUUUGUGCACAAGCCAUUGACGUAUAUUCACUACUCGGACAUUAAGACGGUCACGUUCGAGCGCGGUAGCUCGAUUCUGAAGACGUUCGCCUUCACCAUCGUCACCCACUCGGGCACUGGAUUUACCUUCAAUAGCAUUCCCAAGGAAGAGCAGCGAAAUCUCGAGCAGUUCUGCAACGCCAAGGCGCGCUCCAAGGGCUUUUCCGUCGUCGCAGACAAGCCACCGGCUCGCGGUGCUGCCGCCGCCGCUGGCGAUGACAGCGAUGACGAAGACGGCGCCAUCCACAGCGACGAUGAAGAGAACGACUCGUACAAGCGCCGCAUGAAGAAGGAGGGCCAUGCUCGCGAGAUUGCCGGCGAUGACUAUGAUUCGGAAGAGGAUGAAGAUUUCCAGGCAAACUCUGAUGUUGAAGAAGUCGGCGAAGAGUUUGACGAGAACUACACUUCGAGCUCCGACGACAGUGGAAGCGACAGCUCGGACAGCGGCUCUGGGAGCGAGGAUGAAAAUGGCGAGCCCAAAGUCAAGAAGGCAAAGAAGCACAAGAAGGAGCACAAGCCAAAGCCUGUGCGCAAGGCCCCCAAAAAGAGCUCAUCACCGACAAAGAAGGCCGCCAAGGACAAGAACGCGCCAAAGAAGCCCAUGUCGUCGUACAUGCUGUGGGCGAAUGAGAAUCGCGCCGCGUUUAAGGCGAAGAAUCCUGACGCGAACGUAAUGGAACUCGGCAGCAUCCUUGGCAACGCAUGGAAGGAGCUCGGCGAGUCGGAAAAGAAUAGCUGGGCCGAAAAAGCAACCGAAGCACGCAAGGCCUACGAAAUUACUCUGGCAGAGUACGAGCAAAAGAAGAAGGAGCGCGCUGCAGCUGGCGAGCCCAUGGACGUGGAUGAAGAGCCCGCAAAACCCAAGAAGAAGGCGGCUGCCUCCACCUCAUCGUCGUCGUCCAAGAAGUUCAAGAGCGAGGAGUUUAUUGAAGAUUCCGACUAGUGUGUGCUGAGUGAGAGGAAAGUUGUGUUCAAAAUAUUAUGGAUCAUUUCGUUU